UUGCUUUCAAGGAGCUCAUUGUCUAAUGAGGGAGAUAAUACUCAAACAACUAUAUACAAAUAAGCUAUAUACAAAUUAACUUGGAGAUAACUAACAAAAUGAAAGCACUAGAAUUAUGGGAAGUAUCCAGAAAGUCUGCCUAUAGAAGAAGGGAGUGGAUUCCAGGCAUGAAGUAAAAAUGCCCUGAGUCUGGAGAUGGACUGUCUUGUUCCAGGAACAGCAAGGAGCCCAGGGUCACUGGAUCUCAAAGUAUCUGAGGGGUGGAGGAGGUUUACGGUGUAAGAACACGUGAAAGAUAGGAGGAGGGCAGAUUAUAAAGGGCUUUGAUAAACAAAGGAUUUUAGAUUUGAUCCUGAAAUGAUAAGAGCCACUGUUAUUUAUUUAGUGUGAGGAUGACAUGGUCAGACCUGAGCUUUAGAAAGGUUACUUUGGUGGCUGAAUGGAGGGUACCCUGGAGUGGGAAGAGAAUUGUGGCUGGUAUACUCUUGCAAACAGUGCUAAAUCCUAAUAUAAAUGUAACCAUUUCCAAAUACAACCAGAAACUUCUCCCUAGGAGUGCAGGAGGAAAAGAGAGAAUAGAAAAACGUUUUUCUUUUUCUUUUUCUUUUUUUUUAAGUAAAAAGGAUGAGAAAGAAAAACCAAUAAGCAAAGCCUCAUGUUGCUUCACCUUUGAAAUGCUGUUCAGAAUAGAGGCCUGAUAGAGGAGAAAGGGUGACAACCCUCUCCUCUAUCUAAAUUAAAGAACCCCAGAGAGGGUCAUCCAAAUAAACCAGAGGUUACUGGAGAUUCUUGGGCCUGAUUUAUCCCUUGACUUCUUUCUUAGGAAGGAAAGUCUCCUCACUAAGAUUCUGGUUCUUUCUUUACCUCUUUCCUGAUGAGAGGGAUUCCAAAUUUCCCCCUGGAGCUCAAGCCUUUGCUGGUAUAUGGAAGCAGCACAAAGUUGGGGUUGGAAAGGGAACAGGAUAGACAAAUAUAGGGUCAAUUACUCCAGAUUUGGCAAACGCAAAAAAAGCAAGCAUCCAUCCUUCCUCCUCCUCUUUGUCUCGUCCCCUCUCUCUCAUCUCCCCUUUUCUCCCUCCCUAUCUCCACCCCUCUAUUCCCCUCCUGGGAGUACUGGCUGCUGCCCCUUUAAGGGCUGCCACUCCUCCCAGAAGUGGUGGCACCCGGGGGGGUGGGGUUGGGGGGGGGAAGGCCGAGAGCGUUCCUGGACCCAGUCAGGCGGGGAAGAUGGCUCAGGCCCGGGGAGCCGCUCCCACGCCCUGCCACCUCCUCCCCUGAGCUGGGUGAACCCGGCAAUCCCCUCUCCCUCUUUCCCUCCCCUGUGCCUCAGUCGGGGAUGGCUCCGUGGCCCCAUGAGAACAGUUCUUUGCCCGAGUGGCUAGACCACCCAACGGUGGCGUCCGCCGUCACCAACACUAGUGGGCUGUCCGCGGCACCGUGGGCCGCAGCAGUGGCGGGGGCGCUUUUGGCUUUGGCUGUAUUAGCGACUGUGGGAGGCAAUCUGCUAGUCAUCGUGGCCAUCGCCAGGACCCCACGGCUCCAGACCAUGACAAACGUGUUCGUGACUUCACUGGCGGCUGCUGACCUGGUGGUGGGGCUCCUAGUGGUGCCCCCGGGGGCCACCUUGGCGUUGACGGGACAGUGGCCAUUCGGCGCCAUGGUUUGCGAGCUCUGGACUUCUAUUGACGUGCUGUGUGUGACCGCCAGCAUUGAGACUCUUUGCGCCCUAGCCGUGGACCGCUACCUGGCAGUGACCAAUCCACUACGCUAUGGCGCCUUGGUCACUAAGCCCCGUGCCAGAACAGCUGUUGUCUUGGUGUGGGUCGUGUCCACUGCAGUGUCUUUUGCACCCAUCAUGAGCCAGUGGUGGCGCGUAGGAGCUGACGCCGAGGCACAGAGUUGUCACUCCAAUCCGUUCUGCUGCACCUUCGCCUCCAAUUUGCCAUACGCUCUGCUCUCCUCCACUGUCUCCUUCUACCUUCCCCUGCUCGUCAUGCUCUUUGUCUACGCACGGGUCUUUGCUGUGGCUACUCGCCAGUUGCGCCAGCUGCGUCGGGAGCUUGGUCGCUUCCCUCCAGAAGAGCCCCCUCCUUCCCCAUUGCCUACUUCCCAAGAAAGACCCUGCGCCCCUCCUGCGGGAGUCCAGUCCGGCGGCCGCCGACCAGCACGCCUGCUGCCCCUUAAGGAGCACCGAGCCCUGCGUACCCUGGGUCUCAUCAUGGGCACCUUCACCCUCUGUUGGCUGCCCUUCUUUGUGGCCAAUGUGGUGCGCGCCCUCGGGGGGCCUGCGCUGGUUCCCAGUUCGGCAUUCCUUGCCCUCAACUGGCUUGGCUAUGCCAACUCUACCUUCAACCCACUGAUAUACUGCCGCAGCCCUGACUUUCGCAGCGCCUUUCGCCGACUGCUGUGCCGCUGCGACCGCCGCCUGUACGCUCGGCCGCGCUCACCAUGUCCCCGUCGUUGCCUACCCCGAACUCCCGAAGACUCCCCAGAUCCAACCGCUGGAGUCGCGGGCUCUGUCAAAGCUGCCCAGAGUCAGGGGAUAGAAGAUGGGAACGAAGCCGUGGGGCAAGGCAGCAGGGGACGCUCUCUGUGGGAGGGACAGCGGGAGGUAACACAGAUUGCACAAUGCCCACAGCUUGAGGGACGCAAGAUGUCUAUGCCUUUCAGGACUUCCAGGAGUUCCUUGCCUUGGGUUGCAGCUGACAGAAGCGACAGUCUCAUUGACCCAGACCUGUUGGAACAACCUGGGAACUUACUCAGACUGUGUCCAGAGAUGGGGGUCUCCCAGCCAAACCCUCUGUGGAGUGGUGAGACUGUCAGAGCUAUGCUCUUGCCUUCCACCCUGUGCCCUCCAGGACCAGUGGUCUGUUACUGUGAUAAGGAGCUAAGGAGCCUGUUGGUUGAGAGCAAGUAGACCGAGAUCUUCCUAGCUUCUUCCAGAUGCUGUUAUGGAGAAAAUGGAGUCAGCUUCCAAAGCACUGGGCUAAAUGGAAUAACCUGUCACUACCUCAGCAAGUGGGUGUAUCCUUUCAGCCUGCCCUCGUUAGUCCCAGGAGCAGGAGGGAUAAGCAAUGUCUAGGGGGCAUCCCAUCUUUCUCACGUUGGUGCUGCAUGAAGAGGUCUCAGGGCAAAGAGAGCAUCCCUGUUCCACUCCUUCAGUUUCCUAGAUCGGGGGAUGAUGGGGCAACUAAGAGAACCUUUUGCAGUUUUCAAGCCUUUAGGAAUAUCCCUAGAUGCUGCUGGCCAGUGGUAAGAGUAGGGGAUAGGAGAAAUCCAGAAGUCUGAAUUUUGUUCCUAGCUUCCUCAUUUCACCACUAAGCCUCAUUUAUCCUCAUUUUUUUGGGAGAGAAAAGCUCAUAUCUACCUCACAAUACCGUCAGAGGGACUCUAUUAUUUUGUGUGGGUGGGGGGAGAGGGUAUCCCCUUGAAAGUUUCUAUAAACUCCUGGUGUUUAUAGAGGUAAAACUAUUCUUUUGUUUUAAAAUCAAAUCAAUAAAUGUCAGCG